AUGGUCAAGCCAACCACCUGCUGCGGCCGCGCCUCCGACUCGGAGUGCGUGUGUGCCCAGAAAGCCACCUGCUCGUGCGGCAAACAGUCCGCCCUGCACUGCACUUGCAACAAGCAAUCCGCCGAGAACACUGUCCAGGGUGCUCGAUGUUCAUGCAGUAUGUUGUUACAA